UGUUGAUGCUGCGAUUGUCUGCCUCUGUGCUUUAAUUUCAUCCAUGGGCAAUGCCAUCUCGUGUCCAACCUGCACAGAUGGCAAACUGCCAAUGUUCAGCGCCCUCGUCGCCAAAUCUCCACCGCAGCCCACGCCCUCGAUGCCACAUCCAAAAGAGGUGCAUCACGCCUACUUGGACCUGUUGAAGUGGCGAGGGCUUGUUCCCCAAGCAUGUGAGCACCUCUGCCGCAUCGAAACGCAUGAAGCGCAAUGGCACUCUGUCUGCUUGUAUGUCACUAGCAUUCACAACAAUUGAAUUCAAUCGGAUCUUACUUGCUUAGGUCUAAUCUAGCCUUGGAGACCACGACCAACCCGUCGAUCUGCAUUGAGCAAAUUCUGACAUUGCAGUACCGGCGAGGAGUUGUGCUCGAGAACUUGUCGCUGUUGCGCACGUUUAUCGGUCGGUCGACAAAAACGUGGGUUGCAGCCUUCGUGGAUAUCCAGGGGCUCGACGCCCUGCAGCUGUUUCUUCCGCAGCCCACGUCGCCCAUGGUCGAAUUCAACACUACGCGGGGGCACGCGACGCUCCAAGUGGUGUGGCACUUGUGUCAUUUCCAGUCGACGCUGCUGUGUCUGACGCAGGCGGAUAGUCGAGGGAGUCUCGUCAGCCUGUGUCUGUGUCUGACGGUCUGCGUCGUGCCGUUGAAACUCCAAGCCGUGCGCAUUCUCCACCUUGUAGCCGUCGCUAGUCCUCAAGGCAAAGUCGCCGUCGUGAAAGCUCUGAGGGAGCUGGACGCCGUCACCCACGUGGUCCACGUCGUAGCCGACUUGAUGCACGAGACGACGCCUGUGACGUUGUUGGAGGAAGUAUUUCGAUUCGUCUCGACGCUGUUGUUGCUGCACCAAGACGACGAGGAGCCGUGGCUGCGUCAAGUGCUCACUGACUCGGAGACCUGCGCCACGUUGGUGGACUUUCAUGCGUGUCGUGAAGACGCCGCGAUGGUGCAAUUGCAUGCGGCCGAGUGUCGCAGCUUGAUGCAGAAAGCUCCGUCCAUGGUGUACACUCUGCACCAACUCAUGGCAAGGGCUAAACACGCCAAGACAGAGCACGUGCUGCUGCAAAUUGCCCAAACCCUCAUCGACUUGACGUCGGGCGAUCCAGCCACGUGGCAACACGUUGUGGCUCACCUGACAACUGGACAAGGAGUGCCGUCCUCUGCCGACGCGGCCAGAUCUCCGCCACCGUCGUCGACAUCUACCCCUCCUUCCCCCCGUCCACCCACCUUCCGGACCACGGAAUUGACCACCGUCGAGGACCAUCCCAAAUACGCCAAGUACUUCAAGAUGCUGCAAGUGCGAGUCCCCGAAGACCUCGUGCGACAGCGCAUGAUUGCUGACAGUGUGGACGACCGCAUUCUGGACUCGCCGCACUUGGUGGUCACGGCCUUUGAUUUUGAAAAAGCACCACAGCCGUCGUUACCACCCCCAACGCCGCCGCCACUGCUGCCAUUGCCCCCAACAACAACACACGAUGGCUCAGACGUGGUGCCAGCGCCGAAUCCGCAAGCAGAAGAAGAAGAACACCAUGUACACGGACAUGGUAUUUUGAGCGACAUUCACUGCACCCAAGUGCUGAGCGUGCUCGCCAGUCUUCCGUGGCCCCUCGCACACCUCGGCCACGUGAUUCAGUCGGGUGAUGAGUCUAUCCUGACAAUUAAUUUCGUGGACAAGUUGCUCGUGUUGUUGGCGAUUCCGUCUGCGUUGGAGAAGAAAGCGAUCGAGAGCAUCCUGCAAGGAACGCACCAUUCGACCUGCCGCGACGCCGAGAGGGCGGUGGCCGUGGUGCUGGCGCUCGCGGAAUUGAUCAAGUGCUGGCAAAUCUACUGGCAGCUUCCCAUCUCGUUGCAGGAAGUCCGCACCAAGUGCACGUGGAUGCAGGACACGUGCGACGAAGUCAUCAAAUCGACGGACUUGUUUCAGGUGCUUCAAAUUGGGUUUGCUUUGGAAGAAUCGACUCCGUUCGAGUGGCGGUUUCUAGCCAUGGACGAGGCUAACUGCACUAGCCUCACAGAAUUGGCUCAAGCGGUUCGAUUGCAAGCGCCGAAUCUGCUGUGUUUUGGCAACAGUUUACCCCACUUGCCCAACGCAGUCGAUGUCAGUCACGACGACUUGCAUACAAUUCUGGCAGCCCAACAAGCCAAGCUGGACUGCGUCGUGGCGCAGUUGCCAACACUGAGCAAACACCCGUGGACGACGUUUGUCGCAUCGGCGGCGUUGGAAUUGAGCAAUUGCAAGGCGGACCUGGAGCGAGCGGGGGACCUGGUGGAGGAUACCGUAUCCCAGUGCUUUGGUGGUCGCAGCGGUGCAUUUCCCACGUCCAAGUUGUUUACUGUCCUGCACCGCCUGAGCACAACCUUAGCCAACGCAGCCCCAACAGAGCGUAGUUCGUAAUAUGUAACGUCGACCUACAUGCUACGUCGA